AUGCUCCCACUAUCCCUAUUAACGGCCGCUCAAGGCAAACCAAUGCUUGUCGAGUUGAAAAACGGAGUGACAUUCAAUGGUCAUCUGGUAGAAUGCGAUAAUUUCAUGAAUGUCACGUUGAGAGAAGUGUAUCAGACAUCAGCAGACGGAGAGAGGUUUUGGAAGAUGAAAGAGAUGUUCAUCAAGGGUAAUAUUAUAAAAUACUUUCGUAUAGCGGACUCUAUCCUUGAUACGGCUAUGGAAGAGCAGGAGAAACAGCGAGCAGCUAAUAGACAACGUGGUAACAAUCGAGGUGGAAGGGGUGGUCAAACGAAUAAUCGAGGAGGACGAGGAGGUCAGCCUGGACGAGGAGGUCAACCGGGUCGAGGUGGUGGUCCAGGAGGAGGAAGAGGCGGGCCAGGAGGAAGAGGCGGACGAGGUGGUGGUGGUGGUGGACGAGGUGGUAGAGGUGGUGGUAAUCAAUAG